AUGGUGCUGGGAGGCUCUGCCCCAUCACCCUACCCGGGACACAGUCCAGCAUCCAGAGAAAUCCAACACCCUGCCAAGGAACUCAACUCAGUGUGUAACCUCAAGGAAAACUCCUGUGGCAGGGAACUCACAGUGACAGAGGAUGACUCCCAAUCUUCACUUAUUCAGCUCUUCAAGAAGAAGAAAGAAGCCCGAGAGACGGAAAAGGCCAUGGCAGAGAAAGAAGAGGCCUUCAGGGGGAGGAUGAAAGUCAUCGCUGACCGCUGGAGGGACCUGCACGCCAAGAGGGCCCAGCUGAAAGCCCAUGUGGAGAGAUCUGGAAGGGCUGUACAGAAACAUGAAGAGUUACGAAUCCAAGCUCUGAAGGUAAACAGCAAACAAAGAGAGGAGAAAAUGAAAAAGGAUGGUGAACUUUUGAGAGUCAAGAUGGAACUGGAAACCCUCAGAAAAAAACACCAGAAACUCUGCAAAAAAGUGCAGAAGUACUCCAUCUUCAAGAAAUACCUGGAGGAUGUGGUGGAGGUCUCACAGGUGAGUUUUAAAAUAAGUGAGACAGAUCAUGAGCGCUGCUUGCCUGGGGAAAAGGACAUCUCAGAAGUCACUUCACAGUACAAGUUGCUGGUGAGGACACGGAAGGACCUUCUGCAGUCACAGCAGGGGCACAAGCAACUGACUGAGCAAGACAAGGUGUUGUUGGAGCAGUACAAAGUACAGAAAGAAGCUGAGAUGCUUCAGUACAAAACUGAGCUGGUGCAGCUCAAACUACGUUUUUAUCAGGCUCAAGGUGACCUCCCCCUCUGGAUACAGAUAGAUAAGGCGUUUAUCCAACGCCUUAAAGACAUCCAGUUCUAUGCAGGAGAUGCAGAAGCACCAGAAUGUUGCUACACCUCUGAAGACAAAAGGGAUGUGGCAGCAUGA